GGUCUCUCUUGUCGUGAUGUGUGUUUUGUCCUAUAUUUAUUUUUAAUCCCAGCCCCCGUCCCCGCAGGACGCCUUUUGGUAGGCCGUAAUUGUAAAUAAUAAUUUGUUCUUAACUGACUUGCCUAGUUACAUAAAGGUUCAAUUAAAUAAAUAAAUAAAAUACUAUCGCUCUCUAGUUCCAAACUUCGCGAGACUAGUCAUGCUGUGACGUCAUCAUAAAAUGGCUACUCAAUCAAAGGGAUUAUAAGAACAACACCUGGUAUUUUCAACCAAACAAUAACGCUAUUAUAAAGGGCAGUUUGACCCCGGCGUGAAGCAGUGAUGUCACAGCAGGCCCACAGCGAGCACCUGUUGGAGCAGCUGCGUUGGCAGCGGGAAAGCAACGUUCUGUGUGACAUCACAGUCGUUGUGGGUGACACACUGUUCCGAGCGCACCGUAAUGUCCUGGCGGCAUUCAGCGGGUUCUUCUCGGCACUGCCUGACAGAGGUCACCAGGUCACGACCCUUAACCCUGAGUUUGUCAGUGAGCAGGCCCUGGACACCCUGCUGAAAUACAUCUAUACUGGAGAACUACACACUGACAGUGAGGGGUCUGAGGCCGUGCUGAGAGCGGCAGUGUUCCUGGGGAUGAGGGAGGCGGAGUGUCUCCUGAAAGACAAGACAGACAGCCGACAGGAGACGAGGAUAGAAUCAGCCCCACACAACCCCUCCGCUCCCUCACACUCCUCCCCUCUCUUACCCCCCAGCCCAGAGACAAUCGAACCUCUGUCCUGCCUUUCUGGAGUGAGCUUGGUAGAGGAGGAGAGGGAAGGAAUGAGGGGGGAGGAGGAAGAGAGGGAAGAUCCAGAGUACAUCCCUCCCUCCCCAAGCCCCCCAACAUCCCCCCGGAGAGGAGCCAGGAAGAGGAAGGGAAGAAAGCCCAAGGCCACACCUAGAAACCAGACCUCACCUGGAAACCAAACCUUGCCAAGUAACCAAACAUCAGCUAGCCAUGACGACAUCCCAGGUGACGCAAAAGUCACUCAGCCCCAGAGGGGCAGGGGGAGGGGCAGGGGGAGAGGCAGGGGGAGAGGGAGAGGAAGGGGUAGGGAUCUGUUGUUAGAAGCGUCAGACCCUCAGAUCGUCGAGGAGAACCAGACAGACCUCAGCACAUCGUCACUGAAACUUGUCAAGAGGAAGAGGAUGAGUAGUGGAGAGAGGAGAGGAGGAAAGCGAGGGAGGGGCAGAGGAAGAGGGAAACGGAAGGAGAACAGAUCGAGCGAUGGAGAGGGGGAUGAGGGAGAUGACAAGGGGAAGGCUGUGUUGAAGAACCAACAGGUGAAAGUGAAGCCGGUGUGUGCUGAGUGUAACAAAGAGUUCUCUGAGAUCAGUAGUCUGAGGAGACACAUGAGGAUCCAUAAAGGAGUGAAACCUUUCCAGUGUCUCUUCUGUUCCAGAGCCUUCACACAGGGAAACCAGCUCAAGACUCACCUCCGCAUACACACAGGAGAGAAGCCGUUUGCAUGUUCUCAGUGUGACAAGGGUUUUACCCAGAAGUGUCAGUUGGUGGCUCACUGUAGAAUGUACCAUGGAGAAGAGAAGCCUUACACCUGUGAACAAUGUGGGCUGCAGUUCGCUACCUCAUCUAACUACAAGAUACACAGCAGGAAGCACAGUGGAGAGAAGCCGUAUGUGUGUGAAAGGUGUGGGAAGGGUUUUGCCCAGGCCAGCACUCUGACCUAUCACAUGAGGAUCCACACAGGAGAGAAACCUUACCAAUGUGACACCUGUGGGAUGGCCUUCUCCGUCUCUUCUUCUCUCAUCACACACAAACGCAAACAUACAGGUGAAGCGCCACACGAAUGUCAGGUGUGUCAGAGGGCCUUCAUUACCAAACGAGAACUCAACAAACACUCUCGCAUCCACACCGGUGGAGAUCCAGCUGUUAAGCAGCGUGUGACAUGUGAGCUGUGUGGAAACACCUACGCUGGCAUGAGCAGCCUGAAGAAACACCAAGAGAGACAACACUUAGUGGAUGUUCCAGAAGGUGCUCUCCUCCACAACAUUCCUAUUGAUCACCAGGGAAUGAUCUCCCGCGACGCGCCCAGCCCUGUGCUCGAGGAACCAGACAACCCAGAUCCCGAGGAACCCGAGGAACCUGACAACCCCGAACCCGACAACCCCGACCCCGAGGAACCAGACAACCUUGAGCCCGCGACCCCUAACUUGAGCCCUAACCCUCUCUGUGUUCUAGUGGAGCAGCUGCAUACAUCUUCCCUCUCCUUCUCUUCCCCAGUCUCCCCCGCCGAAAAUAUAGAGCAGAUCAUCAUCAUUAGAACAUUGGACAACGACCUCUGCCCUGACCCCUGACUUGAACAACUCUGACCCCUAACCCAGACCCUAAUGUUACUCUCUCAGGCUUGGAGUCGGUCUGCCGUUUCGACUGGAUCACAUAUGAAUCAGCUGUAGUCAGAUAUAGAACUGUGUGAGUAGUGGCGAUGUUGACAAACGUUGAUAUGUCAUGUAAUUCUCUCCAUCUCUGAUCUAAAAGUGUUUUAUUUUUCUGGUAUGUUUUUAAUUGCUGUAUAUAGUUAAGUGAGAGUCACUGAGGACGUACCCACAGAAAAGCCAGGCUCUCACCGUAUGCUGGCUUGCAUUUCUCUGAUGGUUCUCUGUUCAUUGUUCUGGUUUUAAACCCACGUCUCAGUAACAUGGGGCUUAUGUAUAAGCUAGAGGUUAUAUUGAGAUAGGAUGGAUAUUUAUGAAAAGUCAACUUUUUCUUUUCUUUAAAUAAACAGCUAUAUUCUUUAUUCUGAGGAAUAAAUAUCUGAAAUCUC